CAAUAUCUGAUUGGGCUUCUUAGUCAUGAAGGAUGUUUCCCUAAAGGGUAAAUGACUGAGUGGGGGAAAAAGUUGUAUGAGAGAAUAUGUGCCCGUAAAUUGGUCUUGAUGAAGGAGAAUAUUUGCAAUUGGUGUUGUCUGAAACUCUUGCCAUGAACUUUAUGACAGACUUACUGCUUUCACCACCAAAGUUAUUGCUUUCACCAAAGUUAUGACAAAGUUGCUUUCACCAACCUCUUAAUCAUCUUGGUUAUUUUCCAGAGUACUUGACUUGGUGAACUUAACUAAUACUUAACUAAUGCUGCAACCUUAGUUGAAUUCAUGUCUUGAUUGGUGAUAUGCAUCUGUACAAAGCAAAGCUAUGUCAGACAUGGGCUCUGUUCUUUAAUGCUCCACAGAUCACCAAUGGAGGGGAGGGUUAAUUGUUCAGAGAAAAGAAAAACUCUCUCCUCUCUUCCGUUCAUGUAAUAUCUCUAUAAUGCUGUACUGCAAACAGGGUGCUUGAAAGAAGCUUGCUUAUCCCUCACACUACUUCUCUUGUCCUGUUGCACAGCCGGCGCCAGACUGAAAAGGCCAAUUCAAAUGCUUCCUUAUUGGCAUUGGCUCCUCAGGCUUGGCUUUUACUUGGGAUUUGUAGAAAGGAGCAGCUGUUUGUCUUUUCCAGCCGAGGUUUUUUUGUAUGUGUAUUUCCUUUGCAACACUCUCAUUGGCUGAAGAAAGGACGAAGGGAGGGUUAGAGUGAAGUAAGCUAUGUAAACUCGGUGAAUGUGGUUGGACUAGUUUUUUGAGGAGGGAAGAAGGGAGAUCUGGUAAAGCUACUCGAGUCUGUACUGGCACUUCCCAACUUUCCCCCCCUUUCCCCCUGUUUCUCUAACAUGGUUGGGGAUCAUUGUAAUCUCAGUGGCGAAAGAGCUGUACUUUCUCAAACUCCCAAAUCUGGAUUAAGCUGCAAAAUGGUUCUACAGGCGGUUGGCAAAGUAUUAAGGAAAUCCAAGGGAAAACCAAAUGGUAAAAAGCCUGUGCCAGAAGAAAAGAAACUCUAUUUAGAGCCAGAAUACACGAAGUCCAGGAUUACUGACUUUGAAUUCAAAGAGUUAGUCAUGUUACCCCGGGAAAUAGACCUUAAUGAGUGGCUAGCUAGCAAUACAACAACUUUUUUCCACCAUAUCAAUUUACAGUAUAGUACAAUCUCUGAAUUUUGUACAGGAGAGUCAUGUCAGACCAUGGCAGUGUGCAAUACACAAUACUACUGGUAUGAUGAGCGGGGAAAGAAGAUCAAGUGUACUGCCCCUCAAUAUGUUGACUUCGUCAUGAGUUCAGUGCAGAAGCUAGUGACAGAUGAGGAUGUCUUCCCCACAAAAUACGGCAAGGAAUUCCCUAACUCUUUUGAGUCUCUAGUGAAGAAGAUUUGCAAGUACCUGUUCCAUGUGCUGGCCCACAUCUAUUCGUCACACUUCAAGGAAACAUUGGCACUGGAGCUGCAUGGACAUUUGAACACGCUCUACAUACACUUCAUCCUAUUCAUCAGGGAGUUCAACCUGGUGGACCCUAAAGAAACCACCAUAAUGGACGACCUCACAGAGGUCCUCUGCAGCAGCAGCGGGAGCAGCGGCAGCAGCAAUGGCAGCGGCAACGGCAGCGGCGGGAGUGGCAGUGGCAGCAGCAGCAGCAGCAGCGCAGGAGCACAGAACCAUGUGAAGGAGAGAUGAGUUUUCCCAACAGGAGCAAAACUAAUGCUAACAUUUUUUUAAAAAAUACUCUAUAUUCUCUGUGUGUAUGUGUAUGUAUAUGUGCAUAUGUAUAUGUAUGUAUAUACAGACAUACACAGCCAUGACAGUUUAAGCAAUUAUGCUGCCACCACAGGACAUGUAGACAUAUGGGACUGUAUGGCGCUUUUGUUAAAUGCAUCAUCUUUGGCGAGAAGUUGCACCAGUUCUAUUUUAUUUUUUUCCUCCUCCCCUUUCUCCCCUCUUCCUUUUUGUCAUGGAUGAUGAGUGCUGUUUUUAGCGAAGAACCACAUUUUUGAGUUGGGCUAUUGCUUUUGAGUUUGUUUUUUUCAUGGCCCACUUCUCUCCCCCUUGGGGGGAGUCUUUGAAUGCAAGACCUUUUCUACCUUUCUGUCUCUCUCUAGAAUGGUGGUACUGCCAUUUUUAAAAUAUAAGAAGUGACUUUAAUUUGUGGAGUGGCUUAAGAUGCAGAUAUUUUGUUGCUUUGUUGGGAGGGGCAUUGAGGUUUGUCUUUGCUUUUACUUAAAUUGACCCUUUUCUUUCCCCUUCUAUCCAGACCAUUUGCAUCCAGCUCUUUGCGGCCUGUAAUGGGAAGCAGAGUUUUGGUUCAACUGGAGUAGCAAUAAGGAUUCCAGCUCAUUUAAUGGAUGUGGAUCUCUAGUCUACCUGGUGGAUAGAGGAUACCUGCCUGUGGAUCUUGAGCAUCCACAAAUGUGUUUUUGCUUAUUUCUCCCCGUUUCUUUGCCCAGCUCCACAUCUCCUUUCCCAGACACAAAUAUCAGAACUGAAGUAGUGAGAAUCAAGUCCAAAUCCAAUGAUAAAAGCCAUGACCAUUUAUUUUAUAUUGAACUGGGGGUGUGGAACAGGAUGGAAAGGGACACACAAGUCUGUUGCCACCUGUGCUAGAGAGAUGGCUGUUGGCAUAUAAUUAUAUUGUUGGCUUAUUUUAGUUCAUCUGUCCAAUAAUAAUAAUAAAAAUUCUAUCAGGCAUAA